UUAAUUUUAUAUCUCUAGUUUAAUGAGAGAAUUUACUGAUAAGGACUCUAAUAAGCCUUUAUAAUAAAAUCGAAGAGUUAUGUAAUAAGUAAUAAGAUAUAUAAUCGCUGAUAACUCUUAGAUUUUUGGGAUUGUCAAUAUUACAUCCCUCCUGUGAAUUAGUACUUAAAAAUAGCAAUAAUGUUUAGUAAAAGGUUAAUAAACCGGAAACCGAUCGUAAAUGUAAUAAAACUAUCUUGUAGUUCCGUUCACAGUUUAAAUACUAAACAUUCUAAUGUAAGAUCACCGGAAGCUGUGUUUUUAGAGAAAACUGCUGAAGUACCCAUAAUUUCUGUAACAGAAAAAGAAAAUGUUGACAUGAUCGGUCCACCUGAUCCUAUUUCCAAUUUGAGACCCAUCAUUCGAAAACGAUCCCUACAUGAAACGAUUUUACAACAAAAACUUAGAGAAAUACAGGAUAGUACUCAGGAAUGGAACCAAAAAUUUUGGAGCGAACAUAAUACUAAAUUUGUUAAGGAAAGGCAAGUUUAUAUAAAAGCUCAUAGAGUAUCACAGGAAGAAAAUCGUGCUUUAACUGCCGAUGAAAUGAGCGAAUUCUAUAAAAAAUUUCUUGAUGAAAAUUGGAAAACACAUGUUACCUAUAAUUUUCAAUGGUACAAGAAAAAUUUUGAAAUUCUUAUUUUAGCGUUUAGAGUUUAUUUGGAAACGCUAUUAAGACAUUCAUAGCAGGAUAUAAAUCCAAGCAACCAUACCAACCAGUUCCGAACUACACCAGGACAAAAUUACGUACGCUGUUACCAGAAUUGGCCUUCAAUAUAAAACUAUUCGACGGAAUCGGGAAUAACAGCAAAUCUCAACUUUAUUAUUCCGAUUAUGGCACUCUCUUAGUUUUUGAAUCUCGCUAUGAACUUUUCAUGGCUUGGAAAACGAUUUAUACACUAAAAUACACCGUUCCUGCCUACCCAUAUCUACAAAAAUCGGACGAUAUUUACGUUUUAGACAUGGUUGUAGUGGACGAUGUUCUUCCAAAUGCUUUCAUAAAAACUGCAAAAACCAAAGUGUAUUUGCCGGAAU